CAAAAAAAUUCUUUGUCCGCAGAAUCUUAUGGAAGGGGUGUUAGAAAAGAAGAUAAAAUUUCAUUUUCGAUUUCAAAUUUCAUGCACUUCAGCUACAGCAAUGAUGAAAAGGGCAUUGUGACUGUUCGUGACUUCAUUGAUGGCCUAAUAAAGCACGAAUUUAGGUUGGGAACAUCUACUGAUGUUAGAACUUUUCCCGAAGUGGUCGCAUACCCUAACUCAAAAGUCCCAAUUAGUGCAAAAAAGAUGUUAAGCAUCAGGAAGUUCGAAAAAUUCAUCGUAGAAAAAGGUGAAGAAAUAGAAAACUUCUAUAGGGAGAUAUUUGGAUGGUCAACUGUUGGUGGCACCGAUGACGAUGUGGAUGAAAAUUGA